CCUCUGGUAUGUUUAGAUUUGUCAGUAGCUCUGCGACUACUCGGUCCGCCUCAGUUAAGAGCCCUCUUUGCUUGUUAUAUAAGGUACCUUCCACUGCCAAUUCAACUUGCAUGAUCCUUGCCUUCACAAUAAUUAUAAUAAUUAAAGCGCAGUUUUGAAAUACAAUCGAUAUACAAUCAUGGUAUCCGUGUGGGACUACAUCGAGUUGUUCUUCAGCUGGCUCUUCGCCAACGCCAAGGGUCGCGACGAUAAGCUCUUCAUCCGGGGCCCCGCAUUCGCUGAUCUCCCCGACCCCACACUGACCGUUGAGAGCCCCGACUGUGGACCCUCCCAUUCGCACAUGAAACCCGAACACACGCCUUUGGGACCUACCGGCGCCAAUCGUUUCCCAACGCUUACUUGGACCCUUUCUCGUCCUCCUCCUAGUACCUCCUCACCCUCUUCUCCCUCUGCGCCGCCUCCGUCUCGUAGCGAAGGCAGGGAUGUCGUCCAAGAAUACCUUGUCGUCGCAGAAGAUCCUGACGCGCCUAUGCCCACCCCCAUUACGCAUGGAAUAUACUACGGCAUUCCCGCCACCAGGACUAGCAUUACUCCCGAAGAUAUCGAACUUCUCGCCGACUCGGGCGCGGGUGCGGGCACUGGAACCACCCCCAAGGUGACGAAUGACAAGAAUAAUAGCAAUUUGAAAGGCGGCUUCAAGCGCGGCGCAAACUGGAACAAAACCGUCUACAGCGGACCCCGACCGCUACUUAAUCACGGCCCGCAUAGGUACUGGUACCAAGUGAUUGCGUUGAAAGAGCCGCUGGAUCGCACAGUGCUGAGUAGUCCCCUGGCGACAAAAAAGGAAAUCGCGCAGGCGAUUCAAGGGAAAGUUGUAGGCUGGGGAGCUUGGAUUGGUGUGUAUGAGCGGAAGUGGGAGUAAGGGGUUUUGUUUGCCACAGUGUAUCUUGCGCUUGUAUGUUAAUUUAUUCGUAACUUUUAGCCGCUGCUAGGAAUGAGAUCCAUGUUGUUCUGCUACAGGGAUUUCAAUUUACCACCGCAGUAUGCUAACUACGCCUACACAAUUACAUCAUCCUUGUUUUGGUU